GCCCGGCGCCUCCGUUGUCCCCCGGUCCCUGCACCCUCGCCCCUCCGAGCCCGCCACAACCCCUGAGGUAAAAGGGGCGUGGCCCGCCAGGGGGGAAAGGUCGCGGGGGGGGUCCGCGCGCUUCGCUCGGUCUUGUCUGGUCCCGUCCCGUCCCGUCCGGACCUGUCCGAUCCGAUCCGGUCCGGUCUGAUCUUGUCUUGUCUGGUCCCGGUCCCCACCAUGGCGGGAGGCCUGGAGUCGGUGGAAGCGUGCUUGGAGCGGCACAUUCCGCCCGAGGACCUCGCCGAGGUGAAGCGGAUCCUCUACGGGGGCGAAGCGAGAAAACUUAAUUUACCAGCUGCUGCGCUGUCAGAAGCUCAGGAAAGGCAUUUUGAGCUACAGGGCUAUGGAUUUGAAGCUGCUCCAGAGCAAUUGAGAAGGCCACGGGUCGUUCGAGUAGGACUGGUUCAGAAUAAAAUUCCACUCCCCACAGUCACAGCCGUGGCAGUCCAGGUGGCUGCCCUGCACAGACGAAUUGAGGCAAUUGUGGAAGUAGCUGCAAUGUGUGGGGUGAACAUAGUUUGUUUCCAGGAGGCUUGGACCAUGCCCUUUGCCUUUUGUACUCGUGAGAAGCUUCCAUGGACUGAAUUUGCUGAGUCAGCAGAGGAUGGGCCAACAACAAAAUUCUGUCAAGAGCUGGCAAAGAAGCACAAUAUGGUUGUGAUAUCUCCAAUCCUGGAGCGAGAUGACAUUCAUGGGGGAACUCUGUGGAAUACAGCAGUGGUCAUUUCUAAUUCUGGAGCUGUUCUUGGCAAAAGUAGGAAAAAUCAUAUUCCAAGGGUUGGAGAUUUCAAUGAGUCUACUUACUAUAUGGAAGGAAAUACAGGACACCCAGUGUUUCAGACACAGUAUGGAACAAUUGCUGUGAAUAUCUGCUAUGGGCGUCAUCACCCCCUGAACUGGUUUAUGUACAGUAUGAAUGGAGCAGAGAUCAUCUUUAACCCCUCAGCCACUAUUGGAACACUCAGUGAGUCACUGUGGCCAAUCGAAGCCAGAAAUGCUGCCAUAGCCAACCACUGCUUUACCUGUCCCAUCAACAGGGUAGGAACAGAAUACUACAAAAAUGCCUUUACUUCAGGAGAUGGUGGAAAAGCACAUCAUGACUUGGGACAUUUUUAUGGCUCAAGUUACGUAGCUGCACCAGAUGGCAGUAGGACCCCAGGACUCUCUCGCACUCAGGAUGGGCUUCUGGUGGUAGAGAUGGAUCUAAAUCUUUGUAGACAAGUCAGUGACAAAUGGAAUUUUAAGAUGACUGGUAGAUAUGAAAUGUAUGCAGAGAAGCUCACUGAAGCAGUCCAGCCUUAUUUUGUGCCCAAUAUAAUCAAAGAGUAAGAGAGAGCAUUUCAUUACAAUGAAAUGUUACAUGACAAAUUAAAAGGUACUGUUUCAUCAUAGCUUUACUGUGGAUCACAAGUGAAUUUAAUCUACUGUAACCAACUUUGAAAUAAUAGGAUUCAAAACUGUUAAGUAAAAUAAUUGAAAAAUGGUUUCUUU